UCCUUGGUUUGGCGCGGUUCUCUUCCUUGAGAAGGAUCUGAGGGAUUGUUGGCGGUGCAAGCAGCAUCAGCAGGUCGGCUAAGAUAUGGCCGAGAGCGGGGACGGCCGUUCCUCCUCAGACCCUCUCUCCGAGCCGGAGCUGGACCCGAGCCCUGGCUCGCCGCCGCCUCUGCCGCAGCCACUCCCGCUUCCGCGCCUGGAGAAGCCGCUGCGCCAGGCCUUCUACAACACGGGGGCUCUGGUGCUGGCGGGGCUGUGCUGCGGAGCGGGCGUGCUCGUCUACUUCAUACUGGAGGCCUUCUUGCGGCCGCUGCUGUGGGCCGUGCUGUGUGGCACUUUUUUGCACCCAUUCAAGAACUCGCUGACGGCGCUGGGCCGCGGCUGGCUGCGCCGUCUGCGCCGCUCGGGCACGCCGGUCCUCUUGGCCGCUUUUCUGCUGCCUCUCUGUUUUGCCAACACUGCCGCCGAAGCGUUGGGCAGACAGGUGCUGCGGCGUCGCCGGCUCCUCCUCCUCCUCGGUGCCGGAGGACCCGCCUUGUACGGGCUGUAUGCCCUCGGCACAUCUCUUGGGAUCCAGGUCGCGCUUACCCAGGCUGCCCUCCUCAUCUGCCAAGGGCUGGACUACUUCAGGAGCCUUUGGAUAUGGACCUUGAUAGCAGGCUAUCUAUUGACUGUGUUGUUCAAGUGGAACCCAAGCACUCAACGUUAUUUGAGAACAAUCUCUGUUCCUGUUUGGAUUAUACUGCUCUUCCACUUGGCUUCUGUGGCAGGCUCUUGGAGGAUUCCAGUGUUUUUGGUUAUUGUUGUCUUAAUGACUGUGGGAAUGUUACAUGAACAACCAAGUGAGAAAGAGUCUUCAGGGACAGAACUUCCUGGUCAGAUGAUUUUCAUUGCUGCAUCUACAAUUGCCAUGGCAAUAUCAGUUACAGGGUAUGAAUCAAGCACUGAAGAACAUCCAUCACAACCCUCAGCAAGCACAGAAAGUGAUGAUCCUUCAUCCACUGUGACUGGCAGACAGAGACCUGAGAUCAGAGCACUUCUUAAAAAGAAGAAAACCAGUGACAUCUACUUUGUUCUACUUGCAUGGGCCAUUGUAAUAGUUCAGAUCUGGUCAAAUCUCUGGAUUAUUCAGCUGCUUCCAGUACCUAUUGCAGUAUGGCUUGUCAAGAAACUUGUAGUUCACUUUGGAGUAGUGAAUUUCUUGGUGAGUCAUUGCAGCAGCUGGUGGUAUGUCCUGGAAGACUUUGUCAGAGAGCGCCAGGAAGCUCUUGCACCACGACCAAUCAUGGGGCUUGGAAGAGUCAUUUUAAAACUAGACAGUAAGCUGUGGCAUUGGCUUAAUAAGAAGAUGAUCGUGUGGUUGGAGAAAAUGCUAGAUAAAAUUAUUAGCAUAUUCAUUAUAUUUCUGCUAGUAAUAGGCACCCUCCUGCUUGCCCUACUCCUUACUGCAAAGGUGCAUCAAGAAAGUGUGCACAUGAUUGAAGUUACAAGCAGCUUGAUUAAUGAAACUGUAGCCAAUCACCCAGAAUGGGCCAACUGGCUUCCUGAAGCUCAAGUUAUUCAGAAGGCUCUGAAUUCAGCUGCCAAUAAUGUAUAUCAGUAUGGUCGAGAAUGGAUAACACAUAAGCUCCAUAAAAUAUUAGGAGAUAAAGUGAACAACACUGCUGUGAUUGAAAAGCAAGUUCUGGAGCUGUGGGACAGAUUAUAUCAUUCUUGGUUUGUAAAAAAUGUAACUCAUCCGGGAAGACACAAAGGACAAAAGCAGCAUUUAAGCCGUCAGAACAGUUGGCCAGGUGACCUGCUUGAUUGGCAAGAUGUUGCCUCAUUUGUUCAUGAGAACAUUGAGACUUUUCUUUCCAUCAUGGAAUCCCUCUGGAUAGUAAUGAGUCACAAUGUGAGCCUCCUGUUCACCACAGUUACAACUUUAGUAACUAUCCUUUUCCACAGUGGUACUGCUCUUCUCAAUUUUGUGCUUUCACUGGUGAUUUUUCUGACCACAUUGUUCUACCUUUUAAGUUCCAGUGAUGAAUACUAUAAGCCAGUAAAGUGGGUGAUCAACUUGACCCCUUUGUCACAGCCAGCCCCUUCUUCAAAUAUAGUUGGCCAGUCAGUGGAGGAGGCCAUAAGAGGUGUAUUUGAUGCAUCCCUCAAAAUGGCUGGUUUCUAUGGGCUAUAUACCUGGCUGACUCAUACCAUCUUUGGAAUUAACAUUGUUUUCAUACCUUCAGCACUAGCUGCAAUACUUGGAGUUGUUCCAUUUCUGGGAACUUAUUGGGCAGCCAUACCUGCAGUUCUAGACCUCUGGCUUGUACAAGGAGAAGGAUGCAAAGCUGUGCUUCUCUUGGUUUGCCAUCUGCUGCCAACAUACUUUGUAGACACUGCAAUCUAUUCAGAUAUAUCUGGAGGCGGCCAUCCGUACCUGACAGGUCUUGCAGUAGCUGGUGGUGCAUAUUACCUAGGCCUGGAAGGAGCCAUUAUAGGACCUAUACUCCUGUGUAUACUUGUGGUUGCCUCCAAUAUCUACAGUGCUAUGCUUGUGAGCCCAACAAAUUCUUCACCCACCCCAUCACAGAUACAUUGGCCAUUGCAAAUAUACCGGCCAUCUAGAGAAAGUCCUGAGGAACGCAAACUGGCCACAGCAUGACACACAUACACACAGUAUUUAAUAAAUGUCUUAAAAUGAACUCGGGCUUCAUCUGUGAACAUGGAGCUCAGGAGAGCAGUGGCCUUUGAACCCAUCUCCAGCUGUGCCUAAUGACAGCUUUCACAGAUGCAGCAUUUGCUUAAGAGCAUACCCACACCUUCAUUGCCAUAGGUCAUUAGAUACAUUGCCUUUGCAAGUUAAAGUGACUUCUGCCUGCUUGCUUAUUUCUCAGACCUAGGAUUUGGGUACUUGGAUUACAAAAGUAUUUCACUCCCUAAAAACCUUGUGUCAGGUUUUGUUUACUUGAAUACAGGUUGUAGCCCUGUUGAAUUUCUGAGUAUUUAUAUUUUUUGUUUUAUAAAUAAUUAGAUUUUAGAUGUCAAAGUUUCACAUAGUUUAUUCUUAGAAUACUUUGUCUCUAGAACAUGCAUAUUUAUAUAGGUGUUAACCCAUUUAACUCUUACCUGCUAAUGUUCAAGUUGUUUUGCACGGCUGCUGAAAGGAAUUCAUAUUGCAACUUUUAUGCUCACCUUUCCGAAUAGAUUACACUGACUAUUAAUAUGCCAGCAAUAUUGAUCUUGUCAAGAUGCUAUAUUAUUAACAGAUACGUAAAGGAUGUGUAGGAUUAUUUCUGUUUGACUUGAGCAGUAUGUUUAUUCAAAAUAUUCAAAAUUGUGUGAGCUAAUCUCAAUUUCACAAAUAGCUAUGCUGAUAUAUUUGAAAGAUCCAUAAGUCAAAAAAGAAUGUACUGAAAAUAAUUUGUGUGGAUUUUUCAUGGUGCUGAAAUAUCAUCAGCGAAAUACAGCAUUGGAAUGAUAUAUCUUGUUCUUACUAUUUUUUGAAGACUUGAGUGCUAUUAACACUAGCUUUUCAAGAGGUAUUCACAAAAUAAAUCAGGAUAGAAAAAGAACUGUCUUCCACAUAUUAUUUGGGCAUAUUACUAAGGAACGUGACUGUCAGAUUUUAAAUGUCUGUAUGCUAAACUGUAUAGCAAGAGAUAUGUUUUGUGCUGUCUAUAAGUUCUUGACAUGAAAUAAUGAUUUGUUGGUAUCAAAGAAAAUGAUAAUUUUAGCAAAUGUUGAGGUGAGGAAUUAAGCACACUGGAGAUAAUUGUCUAGUGAAGGGGUUUAAGGCAAAGCUGCCAGGAAGCACUUUUGAUGGUUAUACUUGUUUUAAACAAAAUAAACCACAAUGUCACCAAAGUCUAAA